AUUUCAUCGAGUGUCGGAACCCGACAAACCCAAGAUUCUGAGGGUAGUAGAUAUUGGAUAGACCGGUUUCUCCUCUGUCUGGACGCGUUCCUGGCGGCCCGACGUCCGUCGGUCAUGAGAACACGGCUAAGCAAUCGCUAGAAGUUACCGCAUGCGGAUGAUGAUGAUACGUUGUGUCUGCUCUAUCCCUGCUCCUAUCUCCGUCUCUACAACCCCCACAGUCGAGAGAUGUCCUCGACACAGGGAAUCGAGCUCAGGCCCGUUGCGCACCGACAAGAUGGUCAGUUCGACGACCUCACCAGUCGCAACGUUGUGGACAGCGCCAGUGGCAAGUCCGGGGACCCGGAGACUCAGCUUGCGUCAACUGCUUCAGUCAUUCGGACCGGAGAAGAUGGCUCAGACGUUGCUGCAGUUUCGCCAGCUCAGGCCAAGAUCUACCGCUGGAGGAGUAGGAUCUAUUUCGCAGCCCUGUGCUAUUCUUACUUUCUAGAGGGCUGGAACGAUGGCUCUCUCGGACCUCUCCUGCCUAGAAUACAGAAGUACUACAAUAUUGGCCUUGACGUCGUCUCCUUACUGUUCGUCUUUAUGACUUUGGGCUUUAUAGGUGGUGCGAUGGCAAAUGUCUACCUGAACCAACGUAUUGGCUUCGGCAAAGUCGUCGUUGUCGGUGCAGUCCUGCAACUAGCUGGUUACAUUAUGAUUGCCCCCGCUGGUCCGUUUGUCUUGAUGAACGUUGGUGUGGCGUUCGCUGGUCUCGGUAUCGCCAUGCAAAUGGCCCAGUGCAACGGGUUCGUCGGCAGCAUGAAGCAGCAUGUGCGUCUGCACUUCGCCAUACUGCAUGCCUGUUACGGCCUUGGCGCUUUCGUCUCACCGUUGGUAGCGACGCACUUCUCAACUGUCCGGCACUGGUCGUUCCACUACGUCAUCGCGGCCAGUAUCGCCGCGAGUAACAUCGUAUGUCUGGCAGUGGUCUUCCGCCUGCGUAGACAAGAAGAUGUUCUUGCCGAUGCAGGCCAGGUGGCAUUACCGGGAGAGACACCCGCUCAGGCUCCUCAGGCUCCUCAGACUAGCUCGGGCGGACGUAAUGCAUAUACGCAGAUCUUGCGCGUGAAGGAGGUCCAUCUUCUGUCCAUCUUCUGCUUGAUCUACGUCGGUGUCGAAGUGUCGCUCGGCGGCUGGAUUGUCACGUUCGUUGAAGAAAAACGAGGCGGAAAUGCCACUGCCGGAUAUAUCUCAUCUGGGUUCUUCGGAGGUCUGAUGCUCGGACGAAUCGUCCUUCUGUGGUUUAACCAUAAGCUGGGAGAGAGGUGGUCUAUACUCACCUACGGAGCACUAGUCAUCGUCCUGGAAGUCACCAUCUGGACGGUCCCUUCUCUUGUCGAGAAUGCCGUCGCCGUCUCGCUCAUCGGGCUCUUGAUGGGGCCCAUGUACCCAAUCAUGAUGAACCACUCGACCGCGCUGCUGCCCCAAUGGCUUCGCACUGGUGCCAUGGGCUACAUCGCGGGCAUCGGGCAGACGGGCUCCGCCGUACUACCGCUUGUAACCGGACUCCUAGCGUCGAAGUUCGGCAUAGGCGCGCUCCAGCCGUUGGUCGUGUCGAUGGUGUCCACUAUGCUUGUCAUUUGGGCGAUGGUGCCGAGGGCGCGUCGCUUCGAAUGAGCGUUUGCAUUGCGGGCUCUUACCGCAUUUGCACCCGAUACAUAGUGACAGUUGCCGUGGAUUUUUGCAUAAAGAAGAUGGCUGUCCGAGGUAAUUUCCGCCACGAUGGUAGGUACUUCGAGUUCGUCGAGUGCGAGCAGAAUCAUAUGCCAGUAGCUGGCGCCUUGUUGAACGGAGAAGAACGCGUCGGACUUGGGGAGCUUGUAGAGCAGCAGACGACAUGUCUAGAAGUACUGUCCAUGAUACAUCAUCUACUUAUGACAAGUUAUUUGCAAAGCCGAA